CGGUUGAAUCCUUCAUCUUCUGCAGCAUCUUUCAGGAACACGCCUCCGCCUUCAGCUGUGCCUUAUUUUGAAAUGUCCAACCGGAAGCUGCGUGUGGCUGCUCAGGUUGUGUCGAUGCUGGUGAAUCGCAACAGUCGCUCCGAGGCGGACAGAAGUUCUCCAUCAGCUGCGGGCGGAGAACGGAAGUUUCUGUUGUCCACCUCAGGGCUCAGACACAUGUCUGUGACGCGCCCACGCUGUCACAUCGUCCGCCGGUGAAACAUGAGCGCGGCUCUGCUCCUGUUGCUUCUGUGCGUGCGGAGCGCGGAGCUCCGUCACGUGCGCUCGGACGCGCCGUCCGCGCUGGAGGCGCCGCGGCGGGCGGAGGAUGCUCGCGCUCCGGCUGCGGGGCCACAGCAGUCCCCGCUGUCCCCGGGGAGGACCGAGGGGCGGCGGGAGCCCGAGCUGACGCGAGUGGCCCGCGGGACCCGCAGGAGAGACCCGGUGGCCCCGCCGAGCAGCCGGGGGCCACCGCGGCGCCACGACGACCCGAGCGGCUUCUUCACCACGCCGCGCGCCGAGCGGCGCGCCUCGUCCCCGGCGGCGCGCAACCUGUCGUCGGGGCCCCUCGGCCCGCUGGCCCCGGGCGCCGGCGGCGCGCACUGGGCGUACGCGGUCAUGCUGCUCGCGCUCGUGCUGUUCGCCGCGGGCAUCGUGGGCAACCUCGCGCUCAUGUGCACCGUGUGGCACAACUUGUACCUGCAGAGCGCGUGGAACUGCGUCCUGGCGGGACUGGCCCUCUGCGACUUCCUGGUGCUCUUCUUCUGUCUGCCGGUGGUCGUGUUCCACCAGCUCACCUCCACGCGCCUGCUGGGGGACCUGUCCUGUCGGCUGGUGCCCUACCUGGAGGUGACGUCCCUCGGUGUGGCCACGUUCAGCCUCUGCGCCCUGAGCAUCGACCGCUUCCACGCCGCCACCGGCCCCGGGCCCCUCCAGACGCCGCGGGUGGAGCCGUGUCGGUCCAUCCUGUCCAAGCUGUCCGUCAUCUGGCUGGGCUCUCUGGUGCUGGCCGCGCCCGAGCUGCUCCUGUGGCAGCUGCUGCAGGAAACCGUCAGCCUGCCGGCGCCGCCCAGCGAGCUGCAGCAGAGCCGGGCGGCCGGCUCGCUCAUGGCGGCGUUCCGAGCCCGGGCGGACGCGUUCAAAGUGGACGUCUGCGUCCGCGAGCCGUCGGCGGAGCUUCCGGAGGGCGUCUACUCUCUGGUGCUCACCUACCACGAGGCCCGCAUGUGGUGGUUCUUCGGCUGCUACCUGUGUUUGCCCCUGCUCUUCACGCUGGCCUGCGACCUGGUGACGAGGCAAGUGUUAGCCCAGCGCCUGCAGCAGAGGCCCGAGGGCGACAAGGUGACCGGCAGGUGCUCCUCCUCCUCCUCCUCCUCCUCCUCCUCAUCUUCCUCCCCCACAAAGAAGAAGCAGCACGCGAGGGAGCAGAGGCUGCGCUCCACCGUGAUGGCGCUCACCGUCCUCUACGUCACGUGCAACCUGCCCGAGAGCAUUUGCAACAUCACCCUGGCGUACAUCUCCGCGCCGGCGUCCGCGAUGCUCCCGGCUCUCGUCCUGCCGGCGCUCGGCCUGGUCGGUCAGCUCCUGUUGUUCGCGCGUUGCUCGGCGACGCCGGUGUUGCUGCUGUGCCUGUGUCGCUCGCUGGGCCAGGCCUUCAUGGACUGCUGCUGCUGCUGCUGCGAUGAGUGCCUCCCCGACGGCAGCUCCUCCUCGUCCUCGUCGGCCGCCGCCACCUCCACCCUCUCCUCGCCCACCUCGCCCACUCCGUCCUCGCUCUCUCCGUCCAGCAAGGAGGAGACGAUGAAGAGUGUGUUGGGGACAGAGCCGUCCGUCUUCGACAGGGCGAAGGACUCUCCAGCAGCUGUGGGGACGCCCUGCUGAGGCCCGGGACCGACACACAUGUACAACUCUAAAGGAUUGUUGAGGUUUAUUACAACGUUGAUCUUGUUUUCCAUAGUUUUGUGCAUCAUUUCUAUCAGUGAUAAUAACAGCGUGGUUUUCAGCAAAUUAAUAGCUCCGGGAUCUGGGAACAGGAUGUCAUCACUGUUUCUGAACCUGUCAGACUUUCUCUCUUUUGAUCUCAGUGUAAUUGCUAUAUUAAAUAUAGAAUAAAGGGUAAUAUAGGUUGUUUCCUCCGUUCUCAGAUAUUAAGUCAAUAAGUAUCAUGUUCUAGCUGAUUUAAAUAAUGCACAAAACUAUGAGAACGAAACACAAGCUGUGAUAAACUGGGAGAAUCUCUUAAUCUCAGUCUGUGUGAAGUGACGGUGUGGAGCAGAAGCUCGUCCGACCCGAGUUAGAUAACUGUAAACAAUAUAGUUCUUAUAUUAAAAAAAAGUAUAGAUGGAUUUAAUCCUGUUGUGGAAGGACUCAGUAGAUUUGCAGUUUUUUUUGUGCUACAUUUUAUAUCUUGUAGUUAUUAUUAAUUGUCUAACAGUCAUUCAGGAUAUCAGCGUUACCUGCUCUAAGAACUGUAAGAGACAGAAACACUGGAUCAUUUGAGUUUUAGAGGUUUUACUGUUAAACCGCAGAUGAAGACGUUCUGAGAUAAAUUGCUGUUUUGUGAACUGUAUUUUCUAUGAUUUUGCUGUCGCAGCACACACAUGUACAUGCACACACAUGUACUCAUGUACAUUUACACGGAGUCUGCAGAGGAUGUGAGACACCAGACGCCACGUGGCUGAAAACUGCUUCCUGUGUAGACGGCAGGUGAAAGACGUGGUCAGAGGUCAGAGGUCAGACAUCAGAGAUCGAUCAGAACCGUGAGGCGACAGUGUGAAGUGUAAACUUCUUCUUUUUUUUACUUGUUUUAUUACGUUUGGUUUAGUAAAGUUUGGAUUUUCUUCAAGAAAAA